GGUUCAUAAUCAUUUUCUCAUUCUUUUCUUUUCUUUACAUCCUUUUCCCUUUUUUUUUUUUAUAUCUAAACAUUCAUAGGUAAUACGAUCGCAUCCAUCAUUCUAUCUAACGUUAUCCACUCUUUAUUUUAUCGAAAAGGAUGGAUGAUUCCUUAAAAAGUCGAUUUUCAGCUAACUUUUUUUUGAUUGUCUUCAUCUUAUUCUAUAGUCAUGGCUGAGAUUCCUACUUUCAAAUUAGUGCUUGUCGGUGAUGGUGGUACCGGUAAAACUACUUUUGUCAAGCGUCACUUGACUGGUGAAUUCGAAAAGAAAUAUAUUGCUACUCUUGGUGUAGAAGUCCACCCUCUUACUUUCCACACUAACUUUGGUGACAUUAUCUUCAACACUUGGGAUACUGCUGGUCAAGAAAAAUUCGGUGGUCUCCGUGAUGGUUAUUAUAUCCAAGGUCAAUGUGCCAUCAUUAUGUUCGAUGUUACCUCUAGAAUUACUUACAAGAAUGUCCCUAACUGGCAUCGUGAUCUUGUCCGUGUUUGCGAAAACAUCCCUAUUGUUCUUUGCGGUAAUAAGGUCGAUAUCAAGGAACGUAAAGUGAAGGCUAAGACCAUUACUUUCCACCGAAAGAAGAACUUGCAAUACUAUGACAUCUCCGCCAAGUCCAAUUACAACUUUGAAAAGCCUUUCUUGUGGUUGGCUCGCAAGUUGGUUGGUAAUGCUAACUUGGAAUUCGUUGCUGCUCCUGCUUUGGCCCCUCCUGAAGUUCAAGUUGAUGCUAACUUGAUGCAACAAUAUAACCAAGAAAUCACUGAAGCUGCUAAUCAACCUCUCCCUGAAGAAGAUGAUGAUUUGUAAAGAAAUUCCAUUGGUCCCUUAUUGUCACCCUAUCUUCUUUUUAUUUUUUUUUUUGUCAUCUUACCACAAAUCACAUCCCUCUCCUUUUUCCUUUUUUUUUUUCUUUUUAUCAGAAAAUGAUAUUCUUCCCUCAUAAUAAAAGACAUUGAUCUCCCACUUUCCCCUCUUUUUUUUUUUCUUUUUCUUUUUUAUUUUUACAUAUAUAUAUAUUCAUUAUCUUUUUCUGAACCAUACAUGACACUUUGAUAUACAUUUGCCCUCCUUUUUUUUUUUUGUUAAAUAAAGUAUUCUUUUUUUAUUUUAC